CGGGUCUUGGCUGAGGUCUAACGGCGCCUGCGCGGACGGGAGCCCUACUGGAACAUGGCGACUUGCGCUGAAAUCCUGCGGAGCGAGUUCCCUGAAAUUGACGGACAGGUCUUCGACUACGUGACGGGCGUCUUGCACAGCGGCAGCGCGGACUUCGAGUCUGUGGAUGACCUGGUGGAAGCAGUGGGGGAACUGUUGCAGGAGGUGUCCGGGGACAGCAAGGAUGACGCGGGCAUCAGGGCUGUGUGCCAGCGCAUGUACAACACUCUGCGCCUGGCUGAGCCACAGACCCAGGGAAACAGCCAGGUGCUACUAGACGCCCCCAUCCAGUUGUCAAAGAUAACAGAAAACUACGACUGUGGCACCAAACUUCCAGGACUGCUAAAGAGGGAACAGUCCUCGACAGUGAAUGCAAAGAAGCUAGAGAAGGCUGAGGCUCGACUGAAGGCAAAGCAGGAGAAGCGCUCAGAGAAGGACACACUCAAGACCAGCAGCCCUCUAGUCUUGGAGGAGGCAUCAGCCAGCCAGGCAGGCAGCAGAAAGGAGAGUCGGUUGGAAUCAUCUGGCAAGAACAAAUCCUAUGAUGUUCGAAUUGAGAACUUUGAUGUGUCUUUUGGCGAUAGGGUACUGUUGGCUGGAGCAGAUGUGAACCUGGCAUGGGGCCGCCGCUAUGGACUGGUGGGCCGAAAUGGGCUGGGGAAGACAACACUCCUGAAGAUGUUGGCCACUCGGAGCCUGCGGGUUCCAGCCCACAUUUCCCUGCUGCACGUGGAGCAGGAGGUUGCUGGAGAUGACACCCCUGCCCUUCAGAGUGUGCUAGAGAGUGAUACCGUGAGAGAGGACCUUCUGCGGAGGGAGCGGGAGCUCAGCGCCCAGAUUGCCACUGGCAGGGCUGAGGGCUCAGAAGCUGCACAGUUGGCAGAAAUAUAUGCCAAACUGGAGGAGAUUGAGGCCGACAAGGCACCUGCCAGGGCAUCAGUCAUUCUUGCUGGGCUUGGCUUUACCCCUAAAAUGCAGCAGCAGCCCACCCGGGAGUUCUCAGGUGGUUGGAGGAUGAGACUGGCCCUGGCCCGGGCCCUGUUUGCUAGGCCAGAUCUUCUGCUGUUGGAUGAACCCACAAACAUGCUGGAUGUAAGGGCCAUCCUGUGGCUGGAGAAUUACCUGCAAACAUGGCCCUCUACAAUCCUGGUUGUCUCCCAUGACCGCAACUUCCUGAAUGCCAUAGCCACAGACAUCAUCCACCUGCAUAGCCAGCGGCUAGAUGGCUACCGGGGAGACUUUGAGACCUUCAUCAAGAGCAAGCAAGAGCGGCUGCUCAACCAGCAGCGUGAAUAUGAGGCACAACAGCAGUAUCGCCAGCAUAUCCAGGUUUUCAUUGACCGAUUUCGCUACAACGCCAACAGAGCUUCUCAAGUGCAGAGUAAACUCAAGAUGCUGGAGAAGCUACCAGAGCUGAAACCUGUGGACAAGGAGUUGGAGGUGGUGAUGAAGUUCCCUGAUGGGUUUGAGAAGUUCUCACCACCAGUUCUACAACUAGAUGAGGUGGAUUUCUACUACGAUCCUAAGCAUGUCGUCUUCAGCCGUCUAUCCGUCUCUGCUGAUCUCGAGUCCCGCAUUUGUGUGGUUGGGGAGAAUGGUGCUGGUAAGUCUACCAUGCUGAAGCUGCUUAUGGGGGACCUGGCCCCUGUCCGGGGCAUCAGACAUGCUCACAGGAAUCUGAAGAUUGGCUAUUUCAGCCAGCACCAUGUGGAGCAGCUGGACCUGAAUGUCAGUGCCGUGGAACUGCUGGCACGCAAGUUUCCCGGGCGGCCUGAGGAGGAGUAUCGUCACCAGCUGGGCCGGUAUGGCAUCUCUGGAGAACUGGCCGUGCGCCCUGUUGCCAGCUUGUCUGGGGGCCAGAAGAGUCGGGUAGCCUUUGCUCAGAUGACCAUGCCCUGCCCCAACUUCUACAUUCUGGAUGAACCCACAAACCACCUGGAUAUGGAGACGAUUGAGGCUCUGGGCCGUGCUCUCAACAAUUUCAGGGGCGGUGUGAUAUUGGUAUCCCACGAUGAGCGCUUCAUCCGGUUGGUGUGCCGGGAGUUGUGGGUGUGCGAAGGCGGCGGCGUCACCCGGGUCGAGGGGGGGUUUGACCAGUACCGCGCCCUUCUCCAGGAACAGUUCCGCCAUGAGGGCUUCCUUUAGGGUCACCAGGCCGAGGACUGUGCCCAGGACAUGGACUGGUCUCUCAGACCCCUGGGCCGCGAUAUAGGCAACCAUCUCCAGGCCACGGACUUCCCCCAACUUUGGGGACAGCCUUAUUUCCAAAUCUCCUUUUAACUGGAGCAUCCUCUGCAUAACCCAGGGAGCCCCGUCUAAGUGUCUGUGAGGACUGGUCUUCAAGGGAAGGGGUGGGGGUGCCCUCUGGUUAUAGAUCCCCCCAACUGCCCCAGCUCUGACUGGGCCCCAAGUGGCUGCUGUGUAAAUUAAAUGUCCCCCUGCAUCUCCCUGGCCUCAUCUCUGCUGCUCAUUGGCAGGGCUGCAGCACUUGCCCAGUGUUAAGGGGCGUGGGCUCUGAGGUUUGGGCUUUUCCUGUAACACUUAUAUCAGUCACAUGACCAGGUCCAUGUCAGCACCAGUCUUGCUCUGGAAGGAGGGGUCAUUAAAGCCACUGGGGCUCAGAGAUCACCUGCCUUACUUUGGGUGGCCUGAGCUGGUGGAAUGAAGGGCAAUGUAUUACAUCACUGGGGUAUACUAUUCCCUAUAGCCUGGGCUCAGCUGCAGCAGAAGGGGGCUUGGUUUGUGCUGCCUCAGUCCCACUGCUUGGAGGAGUGAACUGAUUGUGUAACCUGGCCUCCAGCAUGGUUUGUCAACUGCUUACUCCUGUGGUCUCUGACUUGGGCUCACCUUGCUUCUCUGAUCCUCGGCUGGAGCUGAAGAGAAACCGAGAAACUAUCUUUGUCCCA